AUGGUGAUGGUUGACGCGGGCAGCAGCGGAUGCCGCCUGAACGUGUAUCGGUUGGACGGAGAGGGGAAAUCCUUGAAGUUUUCGGGCUCCGCCGGGGGAAAGAUAAAGCCCGGCCUCAGCUCCUUCGCAGCAUCUCCGAAAGACGCGGCGGCAUACAUGCUGCCGCUGCUCGCCAAGGCCUCCGAGCUCGUGCCGCGAGAAAGGCACCCAACGACGAAGGUCUUGAUCAAGUCAACAGCUGGCAUGCGGCUGCUGCCCUUGGAGGCUCAAGAGGGCAUCUACGACGAGAUUUACGCCGCCCUAGUGGGAAACCCGUUGUUCCCUUUCGCCAUAGACCGCGGCGACGUCGGCACUCUCGACGGCGACAUGGAGGCGUUUUACGCGGUUCUCUCGGCUAAUUUCCUGGCGGGACGCAUAGACGCGCUCAUGCACCCUACGGGCCACGCUUCAGGGGAGAUCGGCGCAUUGGACAUGGGCGGUGCGAGCACCCAGAUAAUCUUCCGACACAAUGCUGCUGGACGCCCGGAGCACGCCGACGAAGUCGAGGCGGCAGAGAAUGAUGCUCGCAACGACCGCCCCUGCUGUCACCAAGAACCCUCCCCUGCCGUCGCAAACUACGACGGCAACACCGACACGACCAGCAGCAGCACCACCGCGUGUAGCCCACGAGGUAGUAGAAGUGCAGUGCCAACACGGGAUAGGAACGGUACUUGUACCGUUGCAGAAGGGGAAGGGGGUUGUGCGGACGGGCAAGGGGGGAGGGGAAGGGUGGACACCGUCCCCGUCUCCCGGGCCGACUUCUGGGGGGCUAGCCACCUGGGGUAUGGCGUUGCUGAGGUCCGGCUUAGAAUGUGGGACUUGUUGGUGGAGACACCACGUGUGCCCGAGGGCGAUGGACAUGGACAUGGAGACGUCGUCAACCCUUGUUCGUUUGUGGGUCGCGUUGACGAGUGGAAGGGUCGUCGUCUUGUCGGCAGCGGGGACCACGUGGUGUGCGAAGAGAUCGUGUCGGAGGUGCUGUGGGGGCGGGGUGGCGGAGAGGAGGAGGAGAAAAGCGGUGUUUGUGGGAUGGUGGCUGAUCAACCCCCGUGCGGGUGA